AUGUCUUUUAUUUUAUUAAUCCUACUUAGUCAUACUUCCCAAGAACUAUUGACAACUUCAUAAAUUAAAAUUUGUGAUUCCUAAAACAAUACAGAUUGUUCUGAAAACAUGCUUAUCUAAUUGACAAUAGAAAAUUCAAACACAACAUCAACAGAAUAAAUCUAAAUCAACUCAACAAUACUCAACAAUCAAACUCUAUAAUUGUCAACUCCUAUUACUCUUACUAUUACUAAAACACCUGUUUAUGCAUAUUAUCUAUUACAAUAUUUCCAACAUUAUAAUAAUCAACCUUAUGAACUUAAAAUCCCAGCAGCAGUUAAUCCCUGUAAUGACAAUUGGAAUUCUAAUUCACCAACAUGUGGAUUCUAAUAUUUAAACUCUAAUAAAAUUUAAGAUAGCCAAGGUUUCUGUUGUUCCUGUGGAUCCUCAGAUUAAAUUGCUUAAAAUGAUGAUUUAUCCAGAAUUAAUAUUUGCAACAAAGCUUCAGUUACAACUAUGGCUUUUUGUCUAAGAUAUUCUCCACUUUGGUACAGGUAAUUCUUUUUUUUAUUAUCAUUCUAAGCUCAUACAACAUAUCCAAAUUUGAAAUCCAUUACAAUAUUACUAUUUCAAUUAAGUACUCUAACGAUGAAAUUGAAUAAUACACACUAGGAAGUGAAAUUAAAGAUUGGUAAGGUGAGACUUCUAUUGCCAAAAUUAUUUAAGAUUAUAUUCCAUCAAAUUAGCCACCUUCAUUGGAGUCUUUUAUGCUAAUGAAACCAAGUUCACCUGCUAAUCAUAUAAGAGUUUAAGCUGGAACAUCAGCUUAUAUGUUUGUACCUAAAGAAUUAUUAGGACAGGGGGAAUGUAAUAAAAUAGGAGUAUCAUAUUCUUCAUUUAAAAAUGAAAUAAAUAGGUGUUAAAAGUAAAUAAGAUCUUGCUUAUAAAAUUAAUUAGAGGAUCUAUAUCAGAAUGAUAUAGUCAUGGUUAAUAANAAGGAUUGA